UGGUAUUGUUCCUCUCAGGAUGCAAAAGUUAACAGAGGAAUAAUAAGCAACGAAACUGGCUCUUAGCACAGGCUAAUGUAUGUAAAUAUAUUGUAGCGUCGGGAACUCAGUUGAACGUUAUAUGAACACAUCACUCAAACGGGAGGUUGUCGCACUCGUUAAGGAGAGAAAAGCGCUCUUAUUCAACCACACGAAGAAAAGUGCACACAACAUUAGCUAGCUAGCGAACUAGCAACCAGGCGAAUUGUGACUUGUCCAGUUAAACUCAAGAACAACCGCUGUGGUGGACUAUUUCAAGGAUUAUACUUUUUGAGCAACUGAGUUGUUUUCUGUUUUCCCAUUUCCCAUUUGUGGAGCGAUAUACGAGAGUUUGUGCCUCCGACAGUACAGCUCGAGGCCUGUUGUGCCUCUCACUAAAAUGCUUUUUAUCAUCCAGUCCUUCGUGUCUGUGUGCUUUAUCACAAAAGUACAGCGCUCUUUCUAUUGUGGGAUCUGACACGCAUGGAAAGCAGACUUUAGUCCGUGGAGUACAUCGUGUACAGCAGCUGAUUUUCACCGGACUGAGCGUCUCCGGAGGAUCUUCUAAAUAUUCAGCUAAGCUUUGACAUGUUAACAAGCAGACGACUCAAAGCCGCUCCUCUGCCUGCGAGUCAUGUCAUAUUACACUCUUUGUUUGAGGCGUUGGGUCAAGCCUGGUUGAUUGUGUUCUCACAGGGGGUCUGAUCAAGACUGGCUCUCAGUAGCCGGUCAGCCGCUUCUCUCGACGUGCUAUUGACUGAACUCGCUGAGAUGAACCCGGUCAACGCCACCGCGCUGUACGUGUCGGCGUGCCGAUCUCUUUUGCAGUGCGACCCGAAGAACCCGGAGACAUACGGAGGGCUGUUUAACGUCCUGCCUUUCUUUAGAGACUCAUUAUCCUGCUUGGUGUGUGGGAAUUUGCUUCAGGAUCCAGUUGCUCCAAAAAAUUCCUCCUGCCAGCACUACGUUUGCAAGGGUUGUAAAGGCAAGAAGAUGUUAUUGAAGCCAUCCUGCAGCUGGUGUAAAGACUAUGAGCAAUUUGAGGAGAAUAAACAGCUCCAGAUUCUUAUUGACUGCUACAGAAAUCUCUGCGAGUGCGUCUCAGUGUGCGUCACGACAGAGCAGAGUGCCUGGGGGGUCAAGGGUUUCCCUGAGGUCAAGAAGAUGCUGGAGGAGGUGUUGGGGAUGAGUCAGGAACAAGAAGAGCUCAGUUCUGUCAAAGACACUUUGGAUGUUUCUCAUCUCAAAACAGAGUCUGACUUUUCAGAAAACGCUAUUGAUGUCAACCUGACUGACUCGGGCAAACCCCCUGAGCAAAUCCCAGCUGAGCUAGAGACCCUCGAGCCUGUCAGCACCGACGGACCUUUGAGAUCUGACUCAGAACUACACAUGGGUACUGUCACUUUUAACAUAAAGUGCAAAGCUAGUCAUGAGGCAAGCGCCGAAUUGGCGCAUCUCAGUGCAGAGAGCACAAGCUUUCAGGAGGACGUUAAACCUGACAUUGCAAGCUUGGAGGUGUCAUGCGGACAGACUAAAUCAACACCAGAGCUUUGUCAGAACUCAUUACAGUCCCAAACCAGCGGCGCCCUUGCGCCAGGACACCCUCCUCAACCUCAGACGGGCCUAACGUGCCUAGCCACAGCUCACAGAAAAGUGCGUUUGAGCCGAAAGCGCUCUCGCUCUGAGAGCGACAGUGAGAUGCUUCAACCUCUACCCAUCACCAGCCUCAUCCAGGGGCCGUCGGUAGCAGCCACAGCUCCGCCGAAAACAGCGUUCGAACCCAAAGCGCCCUCCCCACCUGCCGUCGUAGUCACUAACGGAGGCGUUUUGAAGGUUAACAAAGCUGUGCUGGAUUCAACUAAAAACAUCCAGAUAAACACAGACAUAAGUAAUAAGAAAGUUCAGGCGAAGUCUAAAGUGGCCGUCCCGAAGGCAAAGGGCAAGGCGAAGGAUAGGUUGCUGUCAGCUAGCGUUUUACCAGGACAGCCCCCUAAGGUCGUUUACAAAAAGACGCAAGAGAAAAAAGGCUGCAAGUGUGGACGAGCCACCCAGAAUCCAAGUGUUCUUACCUGCAGAGGUCAAAGAUGCCCCUGCUACUCCAACCGCAAGGCCUGUUUGGACUGCAUCUGCAGAGGCUGCCAGAACUCGUACAUGGCCAACGGGGAGAAGAAGCUGGAGGCGUUCGCCGUGCCCGAAAAAGCCCUGGAGCAAACCAGGCUCACUCUCGGCAUUAACCUCACCAGUAUUUCAGUCAGAAACACUGGCACGAACGCUGCGGGAGUUCUCAGUCUGUCGGCGGGCUCCCCUAUGGCCUCUUUCCUCACGUCCGGCGCCGACGAGGACCAGAGUUUUGAAGAUGCUCUCGAGAUGCAUUUCGACUGUUGAUGGCUGUCCCGCUACUGCCGUGGUUGUGUCGAACAGAGAAAUCGUUUGCCAAAACUCUUGUCUGUAGUCAUGUUCAACCUCUACCGUCUCACACAAACACACACUGCUGUAAUGGAAAGUUACUGUGAAGCUGAGUGUUAUGGCAUAUUUUGUUUUUAUUUUGAAGGAACUGUUCGCUUCUGUGUGGCUGUUUUAUUCACAAUGAACUUAGGAUCUGUUCUGUUUCUUGAAAUAUUCAACGACCCAAACCUUAAAGUGAGUUUGCUGGGUAACACGUAUAGCUUAUUAUAAACUCUCCCAAAGCGGUGAUCAAUGUGUUUACAUUCUGUGGUGAAUUUUUUUUGUCCAAAUUAGUUUUUAAAUAUAUAUAUGAAUAUAUUGCUUCUGAACAUUCAUCGAAGGUAAAACUAUAUACAGCCAUCUGUAAUGCCUGUUUAACGUCAGAUAACAUCACAAUUUACUAAUGGUGGAAAAUGUAGCACUUAGUCCCAAUAGUGUUAAUGGGUUUAGACAUACUGCGUCACCCCUGAUCUUGGUUACAGGACAGGGGGUGCCUCAGUUAUAUUUUUUUUGUUGAACAGAUGGUUCCUUAUUUUUCUGAAUGGAAAGUAGUGCCGUGUCACUUUUUUAAUCGUCAUGUUCCAGCUUUGAAAGAAAGACAUUUCACGUCCGUCUGCAAGUUUGUAAGGACGAUGAAGCACAAAUAGCUGUUUCUCCAACUUUGAGAGUUGCUGAUUCAUUAUAUCCUCACUAUUGUUCAUUGUUAGUUCAGACUGAGCUGAGUGUUUCAUCAGUACAGUAACAAGUGAAUGUAAGAGUGUUCAGUGUGUUGCCUGAGAAUGUAUUCAUGGCAGUGAUCAUUUUUAAAGCAAUAUGAGAAUCGAAAAGAUAGAAGAGCAUCUUUUAACCCCUUUCCCUACACAGAGUCAUCAUAUUUGUUUUGAUGCGAACUGUAAACGAGUAUUUCAAGACGAUAUGUUCCUUAAGCGUUUGCCUGAGCACCUUUUAGCACCCGUUCAUGCCUCUUGAUUCUGAUUAGUUGUGUUUGUCUUGCAGUUGUGUUGUGAUUCCUGUUCUAGGGACCAAAACUAGAAAUAUGUGUUGAGAAAGGUCAGUGGACAUGUGUUUACCUGUUACACUGCGCCGUUUCAUGUCUUAUGUAAUGAAGCAGGGUAGGCAGUGCUUCAUCCGUAUCCUUAAAUAUGCUUGAAAACUCUUUAUCAGUAGGGCUUUGACCAAAUAUUGAAAAAUCUUCUAGUUGAGUCUUGGAUCUUAGUGGGAUAUUGUGUUGUAUUUUCAGAUCUUCUAGUUUGGUAGUGUUGUUUUAUUCCUCCUUUUGCUUUUCAAUGGUCAUUACUUGAACUCAGAUUUUAGUUUCUUGAUUUUUGAAUUACUGGAGAACCUCUUAUUAUUGCUGGUUUAUUCACUGCCACAUUGAAAUAAUGAAAAUUGCAGAAAGCAACAAAAAUAAAUUAUAGUUUUUUAUU